AUGGAAGUGCAGUUUGUUCAGGUAUUGCACGUCGAACACCGACCGCCGUUAUUUAAGACGCUCCUUUUCCCCUCCGUCGUCCUCUCUUUCUCUGCAUCAGCUUCUGAACCGGUGUGGCCAAGCACCAAUCUCGAUAUGGCGGAAUCCACUGCCAGACUAAGCCUUCCUUCAGGCCCUCCCACUGGCCCUCCCAUUGGUACUGCUAUACAACCUCUGGUUGUGUUCGUUGCUCGUGGCGCUCCCAAGCCCACAUGCGUCGUCGAACUCGGCCAGCUCAAGCACUACCUUCGUCCCGCCUUGAUUGAACUCCAGGAACAGUUUGAGCGCAAGUAUGGGAAGCUGGAAGGACGUUCCUACUGCUACUGCCCAUUGAUUCACAAAUCCAUCACUCCCCUUGAGCCGGAUUCCGACUCGUUCAAGUCUCUGACCGAUAUACUCAUGUAUGGCCGGAUCCAUCGCUGCGACAUCAUGUUUGUCUUGAACCACUGGGACUCCAUCACCUCCGACGGACCGAGCUUUGCCAAUAUCUUCAAAGGUUUCACCGACGUCAAAGUGACCAUUCGCGUCUACGGCACGAUUUCAGCCGACCACGUUAGCGAAUUCCAUGAUCUCGACGCCCACAAAGUUAGCGCUCACUACCAAGGCUUGAUCAGACUGGAAGAACAGUUCGUUAUUGACGAUGCACUGCGUUAUGUGGUCAGAGUCGAAGAAGUCCGUGCAGUCAGGAUCGGAGUGGAGGAGUCAGUUGGCCUGAUGAAGGAAUUGACUGGCGAACCCGAGGAACAGCUGCUGGAGAGAGUGCUGUGGAUGCUUUGA